UUUUGAAAUCUGCAGACAUUGGCUUUAGUCGCAAUCGAAAUCUCUUUGUCGGGACAUAUUUAUUUUGAGUAAAUUGUUUAGCGGAACAAAUCGAAACCAUGUGUGAUUCAGCUUGUCAUCUAUAUUGUUUGCAUGACUCAUGCUACUGUCAUUCAAGUCUACAUUCUUGCUGCAGUCAUUACAAAUAUUACAGAUGCUAUUGUCGCACUUAUCAUCGCUCGUGCUGCUGCUAUUUGUGGCGAAGAAAAUGCUAUUUACUUUAAAAGCAAGAUUACUGAAUGGAAAUCUAAUUAUUUGAAGGAGCAGUUGUUAAAAACACAUACAACUAAUUUUAGAACGUAAAUUGAAUUUAUAAUAGCAUCAUUGUAUUCCUGUAAUGUAGUAAAAUACAUACAUACAUAUGUAUAUACAUAUGUAUAUUAGCAAAUAUGUAAUUAAUCAAGUGUUCAUAAGUUAUUCAAAUUAAUUAAUUAAUAAAUGAUCACAUUUUAA